AUGUCCCGCACGGCUACUGUAGAGCCCGUCAUCCAACUGGAGCCGGCCACGCCCAGUCUCGACGAGGCGCAGCGAGAGAAUGACUUGAAGACUUCCCCCGCCACUAGGUCUUUGACGUCUCUCAACUCUUUGGUCCCGUCUGAGCGGAUCUCCAAUGUCAUUAACAAGAUUCAGGAAACGGUUCAGUCGCCAACGACCGCAUUCGUUCCUGAGGAACCUGCAACGGUGACCAUUACCGAUGAGAAGACUGGACUAACGCAUGAAUUGUCAACGGAGGAGCUCAGGCGUCAGUACGAGGACGAACAAGUCGACCGAUUCCUUCGCGUCUUUUCUAGACAAGUAAAAGAGGUUCAAAUGCAAGAGGAUCUUCCACCCGAGAUCCCAGGAAAAGACGACAAGGACGUUCCAAAGGAAGUCCCCGUCUCUCCCAAGGAUGCAGAGGAUGACGAAAGUGGAGAGGAAUGGCGUGUAGACCCAGGUCAAUCCGUUCUACCCGCCAUCAUCUCCCAGACCGUUUCCUCGCCCGUCGCAGCCGUCAGUAAUGCGGCGAGCGUGGUUCAGGAGAGCACGAUCCAGGCUGCACAAACUAUCAAAGAAAAUUCGAACCACACGUAUACACUCAUCAAUGAGGGUGAAUGGCGCGGACGAUCCCCGGCCGAGUGGGUCGCAAUGAACUUGAUUGUUCCUAUCCUCCCGAGGCCUCACCGCAAAACCUACACGUUUACCUUUGGUGGACUACAGGGCACUUUGACUCGACUUUAUCUUGCUUGCCAGCCUCUCUACGCUCCAUUCAUCCAGCGCAUGGUCGCAUUGAUGACCUGGGAGGAUCCCCGUCGCAGCUUCUUCUACUGUGUCCUCUUCUGGAUCCUCUGGUUCUUCGACCUGUUGCUCCCUGCAUUAUUUGCAAGGCUUACCUACUCGCUUCUUCGACGCCGCCUUUUGCCAUACCCGACUGCGCAAGAGCUCGUCGAGAGACGGUCGGCCACUGCACGAGCUGAAAUUAUGGGUUCUGAGAUCCGAGCGUAUCUGGACUCUGGAGUCACUGGCGGUGUUGGGAUGAAGGAUGCCUGGAAGAUGUUCCGACUCGCUACUAAGAAUAAAAAGCAAAAGGCCAAGGAUGCGAUGGGUAGCAAAGAUGCCAAAUCCGACUCGACUCCAGACGAUGUCGACUAUGCUCGCGAAGACGAGGAUAGCAAGCGAGCCGCGCUCGCUGCAAUGGAGGAGAUUGCCGACUUCCAUGAGCGAUUUGCAAACUUAUGCCACUGGCGAGAUCCUGACGCCUCCAUGCGGUAUACUAUUAUACUGGGUAUCAUGGUCAUUGUCUCUCUCUUUACGCCAGCCAAGUACGUCGUCAAGGGCAUCUAUGCUGGAGGUGGCAUUGGAUUCUGGUUUAUUCCCAACAUCUGGGCUGCCUUGCCACUUGAGCAUAGGAGUCGUAUUCCAGCACCUCUUGGUGACGUUCCAACCGAUGCGGAGUAUGCAAUGCGUAUCAUUGGUGAACGUGUCGACCGCGGCGAGGCUGUUCUACCUUCUGAUCUCCGCAAGAAGAAGGACAAGAAGCGCAUUGGUACCCUCAAUGGAGACGCGACGAGGAGCGCCAAUAGUCUAUCGCCUUCUACUUUCACCUCGGCAAACAAGUCAUCAACGACCAUUGGGUCUCAAGACGAGGCAAAUGUUGCAGACCCGGGAACUGGUAAAAACCCGAUGGGUAAGCUUAAAGCCAAAGUCAAGAACGUCGUGUUUGCCGAUCAAAAGAAGCGAUCGGAGACGCAUGAUGAGAACGGAGAGCCCUUGCCAGAAGAGACUUUCCCCGCCAAAUAUCACGCGUCAAUGGGUAUGCUCACCCUCACAUCCUCGUCUCUGGCCUUCUAUGCCAUGAUGUCUUCCAAUGCCAAGGUUGUUAUUCCGCUCAGUGACAUUCGUGGUGUGAAAAAGGCCGGUCGUAUGGGUGGACUGCGUAUCAGAUACGUCGUCCGAGAUGGUAGCACGACAACGCCGGGUUCCCCCCGUCGUUCGAUGGACACUAAUGUGUCCAACGCAGAUGGAAGCAUUGCCCAACGUAUCCAAGACGAGGACGCGCAAGUCGGGGUUGCCAUAAAUGGCGAGCCGCUCGAGCGAGAAGAAAAGUUUGGAUGGGUCUCUGGCAGAGAUGAACUCUUUGCCAGGCUUGUCGGAUGGGGCAACCGUCGAUGGGUCAAGAUGUAA